CAUUCGUCGAUAAUGCAACGUCCUUGCCAACAUCAUGCAGUCUCAAAAACGAAAUAAAAUCUGCUAAUAAUCAAAACGAACUUCCAUUAUCGAAUUCUUACCACGUUGAUACGCCAUCAAUAUGCGGUUACAAAAACGAAAUAAAAUCUGUUGAUAAUCAAACCGAACUUCCAUAUUCUAAUUACAUGUAUGCUGAUGAUGCUAUCCAACAUAUAGAUCUAGAUCCCAAUGAAUCUGAAUACGGGGAUAUCGUAGGGGAGACUAUAGUCGAAGAGGCUUUGAACGUCGCAUGGAUUUAG